AACCUUUUCUUUCCCAUAUGGUCACCUAAACAAUAUAUUAACUAAGGUUACAUUACAUUUCACACCAAAACUUUAUCAUAUAAUAAUAUCUUACAUUAACUCCUUGCAAGUUCUAGAGGUUGCAUCCAUGGAUUGUUUGGUGAUGCCAGUUUCGUUGAUCCGGCGUCGUUCCACGGGUUCAAGGAUGGGGUACGUGCCUCUACCAAAACAUCACACCUUGGAGUUGGAGCACGAAUCCGAGGCUCCCGUAACGGUGGUGGUUGGAAAAGAGAAGAGGGUGUUCAUGGUGGACCCUUUCAUAUUGCAAGAGAACCCGUUUCGGCUUUUGAUGGAUAUCUCCAUGAAGAAGGACCCAUCGGAGAUUGAAAAGGACCACUUCCAUUUCACCUCCACUCACCGGAGGGUCAUCUUUGUGGACGUGGAUCACAUCUUGUUCGAACACAUGUUGUGGCUCAUGCACAAUGAUGCCUCUUCUUUGUUUCAGCUCAACUUGAAGGAGAUUAUUGACUUCUACACUCACGAUAUGUAAUUAUGAUAAUACCCUUCAUCACACCCCCAAGGUACUCUGUUUUAUGAAUUUCAGAUACUAAUAUUAUUAUAUUAUACACACACAACGGUUCAUUUUACCAAACCUCGUACAUUCAGUUUCAUUUAGAUACUACAUCUGUUAAUUUCUCUUUCCCUUGCCGUGAAUUUAAUUAUGAGCGUUUAUUGUAAUAUGCCUAACCCCAAUUUAUCUCUCGUCUUUAGUUACAUUAUUUUUAGAAAAUUAUUACAUUAUUGUUGACACCUUCAAGGGAAUGUGAAAAUUUUGAAUGGAA